CAUUUUCCUCCUGCUCUGUGCUUCCAUUGUGUGAGAGAUAGUAAAUAUCUGACACUGGCAGAGAAGCACAACACACUUGUAUCCUUGCGAAGAAAAGGCGUUAAAUUAACCCUCGGUGAUACCUUGUUGUAAUGGCUCGUACCAAGCAGACUGCUCGUAAGUCAACUGGAGGAAAGGCUCCUCGUAAGCAGCUGGCCACCAAGGCUGCCCGAAAGAGCGCCCCCUCCACUGGUGGGGUCAAGAAGCCCCAUCGCUACAGGCCCGGUACUGUGGCUUUGAGAGAGAUCCGUCGGUACCAGAAGUCCACUGAGCUCCUGAUUCGUAAGCUGCCAUUCCAGCGCCUGGUGAGAGAGAUCGCUCAGGACUUCAAGACUGACUUGCGUUUCCAGAGUGCUGCCAUUGGAGCACUGCAGGAGGCCAGUGAGGCGUACCUGGUUGGUCUGUUCGAGGACACUAACCUGUGUGCCAUCCAUGCCAAGCGUGUCACCAUCAUGCCCAAAGACAUCCAGCUGGCACGCCGCAUCCGUGGAGAGCGCGCUUAGACAGCCUCCUUGAUGUUUUGCCUCUGUCCUGUUUUUCUUUACCUGUGCCUGCUCUCCUUCCUACAUUCUACAUUCCCCCCGUCCACCUCCCCCUCCUUCCCCAGCCUGCCCAGCUUCUCAGUAGACUUUAGAGUAAUCCUGAUUAUGAAGAGGUAGAAAUAUGUUGAAGUCUGGUCUUUCAUAGGAUUUUUGUCUUCACCAAAUGUUUUAGGGUACCUUUUUGUGCAUGUAAAAGGUUUAGCAGAUCAGACCCACCUGUGCACACAUACUCAAACAUACAUCACUGGGUUUGGGUGGCACUUCAAGAUGGGAAGCCAAACCUUGAUCUCACCUGGAUUGUUCGAGGUCGGGAGGCCGGUGGGUGCAGUUUGUGUAGCAAAGAGAGCCAAUGCAGAAGAACUCGGCCGAGGGGCUAGUCUGCUUAAGGGGAGCUGCAACUUCCACAGCAGGGUGCUAUUAAAACUAGUCCCGAGGGGUCUGGCCAUCUGAGCUCCCUGCUGCCCUCCCAUCCGGUCCACCCUCUACACCCCCACUCCCCUCUCACUCGGCAGCUGCGGCUAGACGGGUCGCCACAC